AUGCUAGCUGAGGACGAUGCUAACAUCAUCAAUAGCCCCUAUAGUUUCAACAAUUUAAGCACCUAUGAGAUUGAAAUGACUUCUUAAUAAAUUGGCCUUGGAAAUAAUGCUGUAAACUAGAACAAUCUUCAAUAUUAGCCUAUGAAUGAUAUCAAUAAUGAUUAAAACAAUCAAUAACGACAAAGAUUUGCUUCAAUCUAGGAGUAAGGAGAGGAUAAGAUAAUGGUAAUUGUUGGCUAGAUUUUAUGUCAAUUCGGAAUAAUAUAGUCCUUAGGAUUAGGACUGUUUAAUUUCAGAAUGCUUUCAAGCAAUUUGACUAUGAGUGCUUUUGAUAAAGGAAGUUUUGUUAAGAAUAUUGAAUCAGUAAUGGGACCAUUGAGUUGGAAAUGGGUUUUACCAAUUAGACCUGAUCUAGAAGGUGAUGGUUGCAGUUUUGAAAUUAAUUAAUUAUUGAAUUGA